CGUCCUCCACAGCCGCUCGGCGCCGCUGCCGCCGUCCGCUCCGGAAUGGAGGCGCAGGGCAGCCGCCGGCGGCAGCUCCCCGUCCUGCUGCUCUGGGUUAAUGGUCUAAUGACACUUGGAUUCGCAGGUGUAUGUCAACAGACUGAGCUCUGCAAUGAAUCUCUCAUGUUAGAAAAAUUGCCUGCCUGUGGAAAAUCCUUUGAAGAGAUGAUGAAGAAAGUGGACUCAAGAAAGUGGUGCAACCUGACAGAAUUUAUCAUAUAUUAUGACAACUUUACCCAGUGCACAGAACGUGAGGCCAACAAUGCAAGUUGCUUUUGGCCAAACCCUCUUGCAGAAGGCUUUAUCACUGGAAUUCAUAAACAAUUCUUUUCAAACUGUACGUCCGAAAAGGUUCACUGGGAAGAUCCACCAGAUGAAAUUCUCCUAACACUGGUCUUGAUCCCAGUCGCAUUGACAUCUGCCAUGAUAACACUGGUAGUAUGGUGCAGCAAGAGAAGUGAUAUCUUGAUGUAAGUUCUUUUUCUGGGCUUUUUUUUUCUUCAUUUCUUUCUUCCCUAAACACUACGAAAGUAGGAUAAAGAGAGGAAUGUGUCAUAAAGAUUUCAGAUCUGCUGAAAUGGAACCAGAUGUUCCUGUGAAUGAAGAGCUGCCCGCUGCUGCUGCUGCAAGUCACUGCUUCUGUCUUGACCACGAGUGCUGCUGGUGGAAAACUCUACUUACAAUGAGUCUCAUCAGCAAGGAAUUCGUAGACAGCUUCCAGAAACAGGAGAGUUUCCAGGCAGAUGGACCCCUUGUCUGAAAAAGGGGGUAAAGUUACUUUCCUGUGGGUAAAGGUGGCUGGUAAACUUUUGCAAAAUUGUAUGUGUGUAAUACUGACUGUGAGGGAAGUGAUAUCUCUUGAGGUUUUGUGCAGGACACUCAAGGUUUUCAUCUGUGAGCCCUGUGACUUGGAGAGAUCACUGGCAAAGGAACUGAUUAUGGAUGUAACCAGGUGGCAGCUUUUCCUAGAAGCUAGUCAAAAUCAUCUUUAUCAAAACUGGGAAGUAUUGCUCUGGCAAAGAAGCAAUUUAUGUCUCCAGUGACUAUCUGCACAAGGAAAUUAUCAUGCUACAUUAUAAAAUAGUUUAUAAAAUUCCUUUAAGCAUGGCUGCUUAGAAUUUUACUUCUUACUAACAAACUCUGGGAGGAUGUACAGGUCUUACUUUACAUAGCUGGAAAAUGUGAGAGGAAAUUGGCUGAUUAUAAAUAUACUAAUAAGUAAUGAAGAAACUUUCAUAUGCCAGACUCUUUAUUUUUUCCUCUUUUAUAAUUAUUAUUCUUGAGGACUUGUGUUCACUGUAUACUCCCCACUCUCACUUCAAUUUGUGCAAAUAAAUAUAAAGGUGUCAUGUUGAUUGAGGUGCCUUUCAGAGUAUUUUAUAUAAAUAAUUCUUUGCCUGUGAAGAGUGUGGGAACUAAAGUAUGAACAUCAAAACUUGGAAUAGAAGUAGGAGGAAAUAAAAGAAUUCUUAUUCUAUAUUAUAUGUAAUAGUUGAAAUAAAGAUCAUAGGUUCAAAACAAAAGAACUCUGUGUUGCAAACCUUCCUUUCACAACAUGACUUUCAGUCCAGAGCUCUUCUAUGACAAGUGUGCAAUGUCUGUUACAAGUGACUUUUCAUUUUUCCAUCCCUUAUGCACACGAAUAAAAUACAGUU